AUGUUUAAUGAAGAUGGCAGUGCAGGAGUUGGUCUUAUUCUCAGAGAUUGGGAAGGCAAGGUGAUCAUGGCUGUCAGCAAAAGGGCGUCAGCAGUGGUGGAGCCUCUUGAGGUUGAACUGGUAGCUAUACUAAGGGGCUUACAAUUUUGUAUCCCUCUUGGUUUGCAGGCUCUAACUAUUGAGACAGAUUCGUUGAUUUUAGCUAAAGAGUUAGCAAAGCCUGAGUUUGCCAAUGCUAUGUUUGGAAACAUAGUAACAGAUAUCAAACAGAUGCAGAGCAGAAUAUCAGUUUGUUCUAUUUUGCAUGUUAAUCGAGAGGCAAAUGAGUCAGCACACAGAUUAGCAAGGUUUGCAAGAUCAGUAGUUGAUACAAGUGUUUGGUGGGAGGUUGUUCCCUCUAUUAUUGAACAAGUCCAAUGGACUGAUUUAGCUUUGUAA